UGCUAAUGUUGAUUCCUCUGGCUGGAAAAUUCCUAGACUAUUAUUUGUUUGAGUGAGAAUUUCUUUCAACUUCUCAGUCCAAGCAGCACAGAAAUAACAUUAAAAUGGAGGCUGUGCACUGUGAAUUAACUCUAAUUCUCAGUGUUUGGGCCCUAGUCUCAUGGGCCAGUCCACACCAGUAGGAGGUAUUAUCUAAACAGGAUUGGGAAAUGGUCAUUCCUAGGGAAUGACAUUGUUUCCUUAUCUGCCUGAACAGUCUGAGGAGGACGGCUGCUUCUAAUGAAGGAAAAUCUCCACCCUUGGCCACAGCCACAGCUUCUCUGCCGAUAAUUAAGGGCAAAGCAUUGUCCCUCUACAUCUCCAACAUGGAUGCUUUUCAGGGGAUUUUAAAAUUCGUCCUUAACCAGAAAACUGUGAUUGGCUACAGCUUCAUGGCUCUGCUGACCCUGGGAAGUGAGCGUGUCUUUUCCCUCGUGGCGUUUAAGUGCCCCUGCAGCACUGAGAAUGUGGUCUACGGGCUGGCUUUCUUUUUGGCUCCUGCCUGGGUGUUACUGAUCCUGGGAAUCGUUAUGAACAACAGGUCAUGGAGACUCUUCACAGGCUGCUGCGUGAAUCCCAGAAAAAUCUUCCCCAGAGGCCACAGUGGCCGCUUCUUCUAUGUCCUUGGUCAGAUCAUUCUGAAUUCACUGGUGGCUCCAGUGAUGUGGCUGUCUGUGGCUUUGCUCAAUGGGACUUUUUAUGAAUGUGCCAUGAGUGGGACAAAAAAUUCAAGACUCCUGGGACUGAUUUGCAAGGGCAAGCCCAAAGAAUGCUGGGAAGAACUUCACAAAGUAUCAUGUGGCAAAACCAGCAUGACACCUGCAGACAAUGAAGAACUGAAACUGUCCCUACAAGCCCAGUCUCAGAUUCUAGGAUGGUGCCUGAUUUGUUCAGCGUCUUUUUUCUCUCUGCUCACCAUGUGUUAUGCUCGCUGCCGAUCUAAAGUUAGCUAUCUUCAGCUGAAUUUUUGGAAGAUGUAUACACAAAAGGAGAAGGAGCUGUUGGAAAAUACAUUUCUGGACUAUGCCAACAAGCUGAGUGAGAGAAAUCUGAAAUGCUUUUUUGAAAACAAGAGGCCAGAUGUCUUCCCCAUGCCUACUUUUGCUGCCUGGGAGGCUGCUUCAGAGCUGCAUUCUUUCAACCAAAGCCAGCAACACUACAGCACCCUCCAUAGGGUGGUGGAGGAUGGUCUGGAACUUAGCCCUGAGGAUGAAGAGACCACAAUGGUCCUCAUGGAUACUGCCCACAAUGUGUAACUCAUCGGCCAUCACUGACUCACGGUGUCCAGGGAUACACUCAUUCUGACAUCUUCCUACUGAAUCAACAGCAACCUGGGUAUCUCUGUGUUUACUCACAUUUGGUGCUUUUUUAUAAGACAAUAACACAAAGGGAAGCAGCUUUGCAGCAUCCAGGUGCAGACAGUAUCAGGAUGUGCUCAAACUGAUGCCGAGUAACUGAUGAAGGAUGGCGACAAAAGUGCUCUUGCAUUGGUUGGGGGUUGAGCUCAGUGUCUUCAAGUUCUAAAAUUUUAUGAUUCAACAGCAAGACUCGUGCAAGAAGGUCUGCCACUCUAUGUACAUAUUGGUCAUGGCAUCUGGGGGCAGACGUGGUGACUUGGGAGUGAGCUAGUAACUUAAUAGUCUGCUCUGUACACAGUGGGAUCUGCAGUGUAGUCAGCAGAAAACCUUGUCCUGUAAAUCGAUCCUACUGCCUUUCAAGGAUGUCUGAAAUUCUACCAUCUGAAAUUCAUUUCCUCAGAAUCUAAAGACAUCAGUUCUCAAAAAUAAUACAUUGGAAGGAAAUAAUGCCUAAAAUUCAGAGUCUUUCACAUGUUUUUAAUUUUCAAUGAACGUAUGCCCUGCAGGCAGGCCCAUAUUAUGACUUUUGUGGGCUCUAGGCACUUUUGCCUUCUUGGACCCCUUUCUACAUUAAAAAAUACACACAUACACACAUAUAUAUCCAUGACUAUUAACAUGAAGAUGAUGUAUUAAUAUUAUGUAUUAAAACAUAUUUUGCAACCCCAAAGUUCAUUUAUUUUCUUCUGAUUUUAAAAGAAAUUCACAACACUGAUGUGGCCUCUGCAAGUAUCAUGGGCCUUAGGGACAGUGCCUAAUGUGCUGAUGGGUGAGUCAGCCCUGACUGGUAGUCUGGGAAACUGUCCAAGGCAGUGCUAGGGUAAAGCUGUUUUGCAGUUCUAUUCUUAUUAGAAAUAAUGCAAAUUUUGUUCUACUAUGUAAUAUGUCCACAUUAGUUGAAAUAUACAUAUGAUAUAUGAUAUGUAUGUAUGUGUGUAUAUAUGUAUACAUAUGUAAAUUCCCCUUAACUCUCUGUCUUCUUGAUGAUGUUAUCUGAAUACAUAAGAAUGCUAUUAUUGCUUUAUGCAUAUCAAUUUUAUACCUCUCUACUGAGUCUUAUUUUAUUCUUUGUAGAGCUUUUCAGAAUUAGGAAACACCAUUUUGUAACCCCUAAUAACGUAAUGGAUCUCGACAAUAAAUAAUGAAUUCUAAACUACUAGGUGAAACCAGAUGAGGUGAGGACUAUGCAACUUGAAACCACUCAUCUAAACAUCCCUAAAAAGGGGAUGACUGGAUAUUAUGUGCCUCCCAAUGUGAUGCAAAGCAAGAGUAAGUACACAGGACCACUUGUGAAAUAUUGUUUUCAAAAAAAUUAAAUCUGAAUCUAAUCUAGUAUUUAGAUUUUACUAGUUUACAGGAAAUAUGGGCAAGAGAAAACUAGUGGAUUAGCAACAUGAGGAAGGAACCAAUUAAAUCUAGAAUAUACUACAUUCUAUUUGACAUAUGACAUAUGACGUCUGACAUAUGAAUAUACUACAUUGUAGUUUUCCACAAUGGCAUAAAAAAAAAAUAAAAGAGACACGAGAAACAUAACAACUAGAAGCAAGCAGCCUAUGCAACUUAUUGGCAUCCUGUUUCAAACAAUGAACUGUAUGUAACAAGACAACUUUGAAGUAUUUAAAAGAAUAUGAAUGAGUAUUAAAUGGGUAGUAGAUGAUUUUAGGGAAUUAUUCUUUUUGUUAUAUAUGAUAGUAUCAUGAUGGUCUAUGUUUUUUAAAAAGUAUUAAUCGGUUACAGAUGCAUACUGAAAUAUUUAUAUGUGAAUUACCAUAGUGUCUAUUACAGAAUUACCUUUAAAAUAAUUUCAGCACCAAAAUGGGGAGCUGAAAGAUGAAACAAAAGUGGACAAAUAUUGAUGCUUAUUGAAUCUGAAUAGUGGGUACAUGGGACUUAUUACAUAUUCUCUUUACAUUUGCAUAUGUUUGAAAAAUGUUAUAAUAGUUAUGGAAUAAAACAAAUUACAU